AUGCCUUUCAAGAGGUUUGUGGAAACUGGCCGAGUGGUCUACGUUGUUGAUGGUCCUUACAAAGGCAAAAUUGUUUCAAUAGUCGACUGCAUCGAUCAAAAAACUGUUUUGGUAGAUGGACCAGAAACUGGAGUACCCAGGUCAAAGAUGCGUAUUAGCCAAAUCCACUUGACCAAGUUUAAGAUUAAUUUCCCUUACAAUGGAUCAACCAGGACUGUUCGCCAAGCAUGGAAAAAAGCCGAUUUAAACAAAUUGUGGGUUCAAAGCAGGUGGGCAGAGAAAGCCGCCAACAGGGAGAAGCGUGCUUCUUUGGGUGAUUUUGAAAGAUUCAAGCUUAAGAGAGCAAGAAAAAUCAGAAACAAGAUCAGGACUAACGUCUACCAAGCUCUGUUUAACAAAACUUAUUGUCCAAAAAAAAAGACAGCAGUCGCUAAAGUUGCUAAGGCGUAA